GAUUGUAUGUUAUGAAAUGGCGUGUAUUUCCAAGAUUUUGGACAGCAGCUCCAAAACUUCCCAUCCAAUCUCCCACCUCCGACGGUCAAACUGCAUCACCUCUACCUACCCCUCGCGACCUUCAUCCAUAGGGCAAAUAAUUUCCCAAUGCUUUCCUUAAGGCAGGCACCAAUGCGGGUGGCACCGUAUAUUGCCUUUCCGAUCCCGCUACCGCUUUUGCAGCGGUCGAUAGCCCCCGGCGCCCUACUUUCAAUCCGCAAUGCCUCUACAGCAGUCGAGAAACAUGAAUAUCGGCUUAUGCCAUCGGGAAAACCGCGAAUAGAAGUACCUUUGCCCAGUCAGGAAAAGAAGGUUGGGGCUAUGCAAUUUGCGCUGACAACACUUGACCAAGUCACAAACUGGGCAAGACAGAGCUCCUUGUGGCCCAUGACAUUCGGGUUAGCCUGCUGUGCCGUGGAGAUGAUGCAUUUGUCGACUCCCCGCUACGAUCAGGACCGCCUGGGUAUUAUUUUUAGAGCGUCUCCGCGACAAUCGGACGUGAUGAUCGUUGCCGGAACGUUGACCAACAAAAUGGCACCCGCAUUAAGACAGGUUUAUGACCAAAUGCCUGAUCCUCGGUGGGUUAUCAGCAUGGGAAGCUGUGCCAAUGGCGGUGGCUACUACCAUUAUAGCUACUCGGUCACAAGAGGCUGUGAUAGGAUAGUACCAGUGGACAUCUAUGUUCCCGGAUGCCCUCCAACCUCAGAAGCCCUUAUGUAUGGUAUUUUCCAGCUGCAGAAGAAGAUGCGGCACACUAGGAUUACUCGGAUGUGGUACCGAAAGUAAAUAGCAUACUUCGCGAAUAUCAAAGAAUAAGCAGAAGGAGCCAAUGCCUCUUUAUCUUUUUUUUUUUUUUUUUUUUUUUUUUUUUUUUCUUUUUUUUUCUUUCUUUUUUUUAAUCCCACCCCGUGCUGUUAAAACGGCAUUGUAAAUAAAAACAGGUGUGUAACAAGUUAUACUUUUCAACAUGUGAUAAAUGCAAAAGAAGCCAUGCAAAGUUAGCUGAAGUAUUGUUUUACAAUAUCAUCAUAUGCCGAUGACACUGCUAGUAGCAAUACCUGUCCAAGCUGUAGCUAAGCACAGUGAGCAAAUAGAAUAUGAUCACGGCGAGAGAGAAACCCA